GGAUGAUUUGAUCUAUAAUACAUUUUUGUGAAAUAAUUAUAUUUCAACGUUAUUAACAUUUUGUUUAUACUCAUGACAUGAAAUUUGGAAAGACUGUUGUAAUAUCGUCUGCAGACAAAUUGUGAAAAAGUGGAACUUUAAUAAACCCAAAGAACAGAAACUAAACGAGCUUUAUAUUGAUAUAAAUAUUGCCGUGGAUCAACGAAGAUUUCCCUUUCAUCUUCGGCAAGAUUGAGUUUCAGAACAUCUGCAAAGAGGGGAUGAGGUGUAACCCUGUAUUACAACAAGAGACAAAAUGUGGCUAGGUAGAUUUAAGGAUUAAGUGAUAAACGAGUGAAUUUUCAGUCUGAAUAUUCCGGACCAAUUUGUAGCGAAACGACUCUUUGUUAUGACGGGAAUAUUGCACAGAUAUGUUUAUGAAUGGACUGGUUGAAUUAUGAUAUGUAAUUAAUUGAUUGAAGUGUGAUAUCGUUGAUGUGAUAAACUAUAAAGACAUCUAUCAAUGACUAAAUGACUAAUGGAGAAUAUUAAGGAGAAGUGUGGAUGUCUGAAAAUUAUUUGAAAUAGCAAAAUUCAAUAGAUGCAUUAUGGAAUAGGAGAAAACUCGAUAUGUCUUUUUUCAAGAUAUCACUUAUGAAGAAAUAGAAUAUCCAAGAGCAGACAGUGGGUCCAUUUUAAAAUGUUUAGAAUAAUUACAUGGAUGUUUUAUUUGUAAAUAUAAAAGACAUUAAAAUCGUGUGUAUUUCUUCGCAAGGAAAAUAAGUUACGGAUAGAGUGAAAUAGAAUAGAUGCACUGAAAAAUUCGUAUGAGAACAAAUUUAAAUUUGUGUAUUGCGUAAGACCUGUAUAAAUUAAGGAGAACAUGAGGAAAUAAAUUCGACAUAUUUAAUUGGCAGAGCAUUUAUUGUUAAACAGUAUUUAUUGUAAACUAUUUGAAACAAUACUUACUUCUGUGAAAUUAUCUUACUAAAAUUGAAAUAUACUGUUGAAAAAUAGUUACUAUUUUACAAUUUGAAAGGCAGAAUUUUGUACAUUAUGAUUCAGGAAGUCACGUUAUUGUGUUUAUGAUUUAAAACAUAUUAGGAGGCGUGUGUUAAUGAAAGUUCAAAUUAGAUAUUACUGUUGGAUAUAUGGAGAUUAAUAACAAUGCCAUUCAUAAACUCUCCAAAAGCUUAACAAUUAUAUGUCUACAUACGUAAAUAUAUAAUCUCUGUUUUUGCUCCUAGACACGUCGCCGUUGGAAGCAGAAUUAAAGACUGUGCGAUAUAAAUUAGAGCUUUUAUUAAUGGUCUACUUAAAUUUCCCGAUCAAAUAACGCAGAAGACUUUUCCAGGAAAGAUCACUAUAUGAUUUAUAUGUUUUCUAAACCAAAGCUGUCUUGGCCCGAUGUCAAUUCAAGCUAGAACAUCUUCACCGCACUAGCUGACCCGUAUCAAGAUUAGGCGGGAUACUUUAUAAAUUACACAAUCAUGAUUGUUUAGAAUUUAAUUCACACCUUAUUUUACAGGCAAUAAAGGCAUGUAGAAGCAAAUUUCUACUGCGUUAUCUUGUCUUGUUAUACUAAAAAUAAAAUAGGAAUUUCGGGGGAGAAAAAACGACUUACAAACAUCGUAUAUUUCCUGACCAAAAGUUUCCAAUUUUCCUUCCACGAGACCAUCGGAUAUACUGUAGACAUUCACGUGUACAGUUUUAAAAAGGAGCAUCUAGAAUUAGAUGUGUUUUAUUCCAACGUGAAUAUUGUUGUUUUUAAACAGUGAAGAAUCAGUGAAAGUUUAAGUUGUUUUUAAAUGUAAAGGAAAUAACAAAAUCAACUUCUGCGCCGAAUGAGUAAAGUGUGUCUGAUGAAAACAAAUUAUGACGCACGUCAGUCAAAACAUUGGAACUGAGGACGAUCCCGAAGUAUCGGUUUAGGAAAAUCUUAUCAUAGAUUUUACCCACCUGUUAACAGCGUUCACCUAUAAGCGUUUUGUUUUUCUGUGUGGUUACAGUUUAAAUGUACCAUUAAUGUGUAUUUGAAAAAGUUGACACGCGAGAGCUACUUGAUUUUUAAUGCAACAGUUUUUGGUGGUCUAAAAGUGGUUUGGCACGGCUGAUAGGAACGGAAUGUAACAAGAAUAUGGCAUUCGCCUGUAGUAUUCCUCAAGUGGCAAUAGACAAUGGCAACCCUUUCCAAAAGUAUAUCAUAUACCUUUGUAUGUAUAAAAACUUAUGAUAAAUUGUAAUUACUUCUGACGCAGUCAAUACUGGCAAUUAUAUGGAUUUCCUUCAACUAUAUUUUGGAAAUUAAUAGAAAAAAUAUCGGCUGAGAAGGAAGUGUUUGUAUACUUUCAUGUAGUGAAAAAAGUGACUCAAACACAAAAGGAUUAACUAAGCUGAAGACAUGAAAAAAGAUAUGUGAUAAAGAUGAUUGGUUUAAACCAGUAUCAUCUAUUUGGACAAAUAACUAAUACCAGACAAAAUAAUAUAGUGAAGUGUUAAAAUGAGAAAACAAGGAUUCUAUGUAUGUCUAUACUUCUACUUGAUGUUCCCGGCCAACAUUAUUGGACUUUGGUGGGCAGUCGGAAGCCCGCUUGUCAUGGAGCCCAAUAAGAUAUGUCGUAAGAAUAGGAAGCUAUCUGGGAAACAAAGGCAAAUCUGUCGCCGGGAGAAAGAGAUUGUUGACGAGGUCGUAAAUGGUGCCAAGUUAGCUAUUGCAGAAUGUCAGUAUCAGUUCCAGUAUAGAAGAUGGAACUGCACAACAGCCAGAAAGUCUUUCUCCAGAAUUCUUAGAAGAGAUACCAGGGAAACCGCAUUUGUAUAUGCAAUAACUGCCGCGGGCGUGGUGUUUACAGUCACAAAGGCUUGCAGUAGAGGGGGCCUGGUUCAAUGCACGUGUGAUAACAAUCUUAGAGACAUUGCCUCUGACGGCGAAUGGGAAUGGGGUGGUUGCCAUGACGAUGUGAAUUUUGGGUACCAGAAAUCAAAGGAAUUUAUGGACGCAAGGAGGAAAAAGAAACAAGGGGAUUUGACCUCUAAAAUCAGACAGCAUAAUAAUGAGGCUGGGCGUCUGGCGGUACGGGAGCAUAUGACAAAAGAUUGUAAGUGCCAUGGUUUAUCGGGAACAUGUGCCUUAAAAACGUGCUGGAGACGCAUGCCUUCAUUCAGAGACGUUGGUCUAAGAUUGAAAGACAAGUUUGAUGGUGCGUCUAAAGUGACUAUUUCUAAUGAUGGCAGAAGCCUUGUGACUGAGGAUGACACUAUUAAACCGCCAUCAAAUGAGGACCUCUUGUAUACAGAACAAUCUCCUAAUUUCUGUAAACCGAGAAAGAAAUAUGGGUCGUUAGGAACCCAUGGUAGAUUAUGUAAUCCAAAUUCUAUGGGGAUUGAUGGGUGUAGUUUGAUGUGUUGCAACCGUGGCUACAAGAGUACACAACUAACAGUGAAUGAAAACUGUAAAUGUCAGUUUAUUUGGUGUUGUCAGGUUAUGUGUAAAACGUGUAAGUCUAUACAGACUGUUUCAAAGUGCCUUUGAAAACAUGAAAAUUACAUUCCCGAAAGGGAAAUGUGUUUGUUCUUAAGUGUCAUAUUGGAUACAAGAUGAUCAAACUCUAAGUGUUCAUAUUCUGUAAAUUGUAUAAAAAGCAAUAUGCUGAACAUAUACUUUAGAAGGGGGAGCAGAGAGAGAGAGACGGCUAGAAAUUCGCUCUUUGUGCUUUCUUAACGAUAAACAUACAUGCUUUGAACUAGACUUCUAUGUAAAUUCGUAUACAGUGAGCAGAUAGACUUUGAGAUAGCAUGCCGAUUUUUUCAGAGUUAAACCGGCGUUUGUUAAUCUUUUCCUCGUUCAUUUUGUUUUUGCUUUUCUGAUUUCUUGUAUCUAGGGGCGGUACAUAUUCAGAAGACUUGGAACGAUGGAAAAGAUCCACUACUUAGACGAACAGAAUGAAUUGUCAGAAAUUUGAUGUUCAAGUGUUGAAACUUGUAUGCAUUUGUGUUUAAGAUUAUAAAUCUCAGUAUGUGUAGUAAUUUGAUUUGUACAUAUGAAUCUACACAUUAAUGGAUUAUUGACCUGUUUAACAGAUGUAAUGAUGUAUAUAUCUUUUCUUAUGUAUUGCACAAGUAGGCUUUUUUUUCCCUUUUGUUUCAUGAUUUGACCUUUGUACAUUUAAUGUAAACCGCUUUAAACGAACUCCGCUGAGAUCGAAAAUCCUAAAAACUCGAAAGAUUUUAAUUUCUUGAUUAGAUUUGUUGUUGUUCCUACAAUGGGUAUGCAAAAUAUGCAAAAGAUUAUAAAGAUUUAUAAUCAUGAUAAUUAACUUGAAAAUGAAUUUUUUGUUGAUUGCAUACCCUUUGAAAAAAAAUGUGUUGGUUAUUUUGGACAAUAGAAAUAAUGAUUCUGAGAAAAUGAUAUGGAAUUUUGCUCCCAAGUUAUUAUUCAAAACCUACAUAAAAUGGUCGAUCCCUUCCUAUAAAAAAUAACAAACUCAGUGGAGUCAAAUUUUCAAACAAACGUCCGACAAGAUUCUAAAAAGGAAUUAUUUGUUCUCACGGUUAUUCAUGUGAAUGUUCAUAGUAAAUGUUCUUGUGUUUGUGCAGGAGAAAAUACUUUUUGGAAAAUAUUGACGUCAGAGCUUUUAUAAAAGAUUGAGUAAUUUAUUACUUAAGACACACUUAUAUGCCUUCAUGUCGACUUUAAAUAAUAUCAAAGAAAUAAUUCAAUACUUGCAACACCUAUUGUUUGUCAUAACUGAAAGUUUUAUUUAUAAAUUUAAGCAAAUAAAGCACCACGAAAGUAUUGUGAUGUUUCAUUGGAUAAAAAUUGAUGAAUUUACAAUGUUGCUGUAAGUAAAAAAGUAGUGUACAUUUUAUGAAUGACGCUUAAUUUCUUUUUUUCGAUUUAGAUCUAGAACAACAAACCUUAUAUCUGUAUAGAAAAUCAACAAAUUUGUCAUUGUAUAACAAUGUACUAAAAUAAAGUUAUAGUAAUUUUUAA